AUGUCCACGGCCGAAUGCUUGGCGUUCGACUUCUUUCGGCUUUACACGACUCAUCAGCUUCCUGGCUGUAGUAAAUGGUCUCAUUCGUGGGAUAAGCUCGUUCUGGAAAAUGCUUUGCGGGAACCGGCCAUUCGGCACGCGGUCGUCGCUCUUGCAUCUCUCCACCGAGCUAUCACGAUACGGCAGACGGGCUCAUCACGCGUGGAUCUCGACCAACACGAAUUAGCGCUCGCCCAAUACAACAAAAGCAUCACUUACAUCAAGACUUACAUCGGUGCGCUGGACUCCUGCUCGACUUACUCGCAAGACAACAUAGAGGUGAUACUAAUCGUUUCACUGCUCUUCUUCUGUUUUGAGCUUCUCUAUUGCAACGAUGCCAAGGCGGGAAAUCAUCUCUACACAGGCCUACGCAUUCUUCACGAGCGCAUGCAAGACAGCUCGAAAGGAGAUUCGUUAUCUCACGAUAUUGUCGUUCCUGUAACGCCGCGCGAUAACAUAGGCAUUCUUGUCCGAGCUUUCAUUGAGCUUGAUUACGACGGCACUGUUGAAAGCCCUGAUAUGGACCAGCCGUAUCUCACCCCAUUGUGCCUUGAAGAAAUGCCCUCUGCCUUUGCGUCCAUAGAUGAGGCGAUGGUGCACUUGUACGCUCUCAUUGCACGGGUCUGGGACUCAGCCAGGGAAACAAUGCGAAUCUCCAAAAUCGACAUCGGCCAACGCUACGACUUGGAAGCCAUGGAUCCGCUCAUACGCUCAUGUCUCACCGCGGCCAACUUACGUCGCUUGGAUACGACAGGUCACGAAGCUCAUAAGGCGAAAUUCAUGUCCACGAAGCAAGACCUCCGCAAGUGGAUGAGCGCAUUCGCGACCCUCCAACCUCCCGAACACGAAGAUCCAACCCAUGCCAUGGCACGAAUCCACUUCUUCAACGUCUGGUUAUCCGUGGAAUCGCACUUCGACGCCAGCGAAAGUGCCAUCGACCGCUUCCACACUCAAUUCGAGCACCUCACCAAGACCUGCGAGACGUACACCCAGAGGUUCUGGUCCGCGGAGCCGCACAUCCCGUUCGAUCCCAAACUGCCCAGCUCACACACGCGGCCGGCGUUCGCUCUUGGGAGUGGGAUUUUGGAGUGCCUAUACCUCAUCGCUUUGAAAUGCCGCGAAAGCUCCAUCCGCCGACGAUGCAUCCAGCUCAUCCGCUUCUCCAACUUCCAGGGCGCUUUUGACGCUUUCUAUCUGGCCGCUAUGGUCGAAGCGGUGGUGGAUCUCGAAGAAGAGCGCGCACGUAGGCUCCUCGGCGUCUCAGAAUGGGACGAGUUCAAAGACUAUGAAGUCCCAGAGGAAGCACGGAUCUUGAACGUUGAGCUUGAUAUGGGCGGUGAUUCUGAUAAGCAUACGUUUUAUAAGAGGGAUGUUGGAUCUUUUGUUUAUCAUAUUUGGGCUGAUGGGUUGGGGAGUGAGCUUGAGAGGGGUGAGGGGGUCUUUGUGGUGGAGCGGCCGUUACCUUCUGGGCUGGACCUUGUGAGAUGA